AACGAAAAGAUGCGGAGAUUAAGUUGAGGUUGGAAUGGGAACAUGAAGCACAAAAAGAAGAGCUCUUGUUGAAUCCUCGUCAAGCCGGUUCAGGAUAUUGUGUACUUGCGUCUGCAAACUGCAGUCCUGCUAUAAUAUCGUCCAGUCUUGCAGUUCCAUUGGACCGUGCUGGACGUUAUAAACAUUCCAAUCUAGUGCCAAGUACUGUAUUCCAAAAGAGACAAAAAGCGAUCUUUAUCUUUUUUUAG